AUGAGGAUUGAGAACACUUGUACUCUGAGGCUAGUAAGCCAGACAGAACAGAAGACUCCAGGGAGUGCAACAGUUCCCCCUAGCGACUACGAGGCAAAACAGAAACCCGCCCACCUUUCUGGUAAAUGUUUUCAGAACUGUUUUUGCCUUACAGAAAGCACGAUCCUACCGAUAACGCGAAGUAAAAUUACCAGCCGUGCACCGAGCAUCUUCACGGCUUUACGAGGCCAGCGCUGCGACACGCUGCAGGCAGCCGGCGGGAGCAGCCGCGAGGCCCGCAGGAGCCUGGGCUUGGGCACGGGCACAGCGACGGCGGCAGAGGCCGCCUCAGGGAGCGGCGGGCACCGGCCGCGGCUGCCCCCGGUCGCCUGUGCCCGGCGGCCCGCCGGCUGCGCCCCUGAGGCGGGCGGGCGUCCGCGGAGCUCGGCCGGCGAGGCGAGGCGAGAACGGCGGCCGUGCCGUUGCCAUGGGGACCGGCCGGCGAGGGGGUCGCAGCCUCGCGGCGGGAGCGCCGAGCUGAGGCGGCAGCAGGACCGGGCGCCGAGCAGCACCGCGCGCGUCCUGCGGGAGCUGGGGCACGCCGCCCGCCUGCUGCGGGAGGAGGGCCGGGACGGCCCGCCGCCGCGGGGCAGCUUGCCCGGCGGGGCCCGUGUGCUGCUGGCAGCGCCGCACUCGUGCACCUGGGCCGCCUCCCUGGCGGGGAGCGGCCCCGGCGGGCACCUCUGCCGCUGGAUACUGCUGAAAUAGUAUCCAUUACCAAGAGAUCAUGAACAUGCUUUUAAGUUGGGUCUUCUGGAAAGAGAAAUUGAGGAUGUGCUUCAGCAAUUGCAUCAAGAACGGACACAAAAUCCAGAGGAAAUCUCACAAACAUUGUAUCUGAAAAAUGACAGAUGCACUGAUGAGAAAGAAAUUGAUGAAGAGGAUGUUUGUCCCAUUUGUCAGGAGGAGUUGGUAAAGAAAAUGCUUCCCAUCACUUACUGCAGAUAGAGCUGUGGUAACAACAUUCACAAAAAAUGUAUAAAAAUUUGGGCUGACCACCAAGAUGAACUGGAGAAUGACUCUGUAGUGAAGUGUCCACUUCACAGAGAAAACUUUGCACCUCUAAGGCUCAUUCUAGAAGAGUUUAAAAACUCUAAACAACUUGUGACUGCAACAGAGAAAACAAGACUGGACAGGCACCUUGGAAUCCCUUGUAAUAACUGCAGAGUAUUUUCAAUUGUAGGAAAUUGCUACAAGUGUACUGAGUGUGUCGAGUAUCACCAGCAUCAUGAAUGUUUCACUGGCUUUUGCCAUUCUCCACAUUUUUAUUUUUAGACAGGUACCAAACAGAAGAGAAAUAAAAAAUGGAGAGCUCUUCAACAGCUUCCAGAAUUAUCAGCCCAAGGAUGAACAUUUAAAAGCUUUAACCCAGGAAAUGAUACUGAAGAAGAGAUACUGUAUCUUCAGGAGAAGACUAGCUGUACCCCAAAGAACAUUGUAAAAUCUUUACCCAUAGUUUUAAUUAGUAAACAUAGUAAUUUACUUGCCCCAGGUAUUCAGUGUACUUUGAAGAGCUUUCAACUUGGUCAGCAUGUAAGAAUCCUACCAUGUAAUCACAAGUUUCAUAGGGAAUGUAUUGACAGUUGGCUACUGCAGCAAAGAAACACUCCUAUUAAUGAGCAUGUUGUAUACAGUGCAAUGACAUGGAAGGAUAUGCCAGCCAAACAUGGAAACUACCCAACAGGUUCUCAUGCAAAUCUUGGCAAACUUGCAAAGCAGGUGGAACCAGAAAUUUGUGUAUCUGGAAAUGGAUUACUUCUCAAGCAAACAUCACCUGAACAUGCAUCAGAACAUUCUCAAAGUAUCUUCAGAAAACUUUCUAAGAAAUAUGUGCCAAAGUCCCAAAAGGAUUUAAGAUUUUUUAGCAACCUCCAUUUAGAAGAAUCUGAUCAGAACAGCAGUAGAAACCUAAGUGAUUUUUACAGGCAUAGUAAGGAAUACUCUCAAAGCUCUUUUGAAACAGCAUCUUCUGGGAAGUUCAGUACCAUUAGAAAGGAUGACAUUCAUAACACUUUGAGAAGCCAGCAUCAGUUUGACUCUGUCAACAAAGUAGUUACUUCUUAAAAAGAUGGCUGUAAUAAUUAUGCAAUUCUAAGAUAUCCCAGGGAGUUGAACUUUGAAAUCAAUUUGUGCACAGCAAGCCAUUCCUCAAAAAAGGGCAAUAAGCAUGUCGGAAACACCAGCCAUCAACAGAGACUCCUAGCAAUACAACCACCUAAACAUAAUAAUCUGAACUUUAAAACAAGAAAAAUAGAUUUAUUAUUGGAAGGAAUUCCAUUGCAUACCAGCUCAUGGUUGUCUCAUUUUAGGUAACAUAGCUAUAUUCUUACUUUCAUACUCCACACACAGCAUUUCUUAGAGACCAAGAAACAAAUUAGUAAGUGAAUAAUCAGAUGUCAUGAACUGUAGGUACUACAAAAAUUAACUCAGUGGUCCUCAAUGUUGUGAGAAAUGUUCAUAUUAAAUCUUCUCAAAUAAACAGAAGAACUGAUUUGGCUGGUGUAGAUGUAUUUCAGAAAAUAGCCAUAUACUUGUAAAAUUGUCACUAUUUCUUAUUUGCAAGUUUUUAACCUUCAGUCAAGUAAAUUACUCAAAUGUAAAAUGCAGAAAGCUUAUAUAUUCUUGAAAGACCAGUUAGGUAACAGUUCUUAUUCAGAGGUGUAAUAAAUUAAGCCAGACUCAUUUUAACAUUAUCGCUGAAAGAAAUGAUAUAAAAUAUGCUAUUUUCAAAUGUGCAAUAGUAAAAGCAAGUUGGAAAAAACCUAUUUAUAGUAUCAGGUACAUUCUGUAAGAUCUGCUAUGGUUUCCUGAUAGUUAAUGCUCAAAAGAGGAGCUAAGCCUCCAAGUAGUAUACAGGAACCACCCACUUAGCCAUUUUCACUCAUGUACAGAUGGCCAAGCCAAAGAAUUCCUGAGUCUAAGAAGUACUUUCUAAAUGGUAAUAUAACAAAUAAAUUGAAAUUUUAGUAAUUUUAGUUUUAUUUAAGGUCUAGACUUCCGAUAAGGUAAUGAAGAUUUAAACCUCAAUACCUGCAAUAAAUGUAAAUAUAAAGCCUGAUUGCAUGAGAAAUCUUUAUUUCAACCCAGUUGCCAGCUGUUGAUUAAAUAGAACCAAGAGAGUUGCAGUAAGAACCUGCCAUUUUUUAAGGUUUAUUCUGAGAAUCUAAGAAAAAUGGGAAUAUUUUGUUGGAUCUUAGCCAGAUUUGCAACUUGACUUUUUCCACUUACCUUUCCUUAUGUUUUAAUAGAAAUCAAAAUGUGAUAGCAUGUCUAACAACUUAUUUAGAAUAAAUAAAACAGUAUCAUCUACUCACACAUACUUUGAGUAAUCUGUAUAGUUUGGAUUUUGUAUUUCCUGAUGACAUAGAACCAAGUCGAACUUCAGUCAAUUUUGACACAUCAGCUGAUGACCCACAUAUCUGAUUUUUACAUAGAAGUGAAA